AUGGUUCCCAGAAAGAAGGACACCGUCGUGGUGGACCCCUCCAGCACCAUGUGCUGUCACUGGCUGACCACGAUCGCCGUGCCUGUCUUCUACAACUGGUGUCUGCUCGUUUGCAGUCUUCAUUGCCUCUCCGAGGACGACCUGACGGAGGCUCUCGCUGAAUACCCUGAGGCCAAGAAGGCGCUGGAGGGGAGGGGGCGGCAGAUCCAGAUAAAGGACAACCUGAUAGACGAGGAACCGGCCAAGGCCGGGGCGGGCCCCCAGGACAUCGAGGAGAAAGUGGAGGACCUGGAGUCCUCCCUGGACACCCUGCAGACCAGGUUUGCACGGCUCCUGGCUGAGUACAGUGCCACCCAGAUGAAAGUGAAACAGCGGCUCAGCCAGCUGGAAAACCAGAGCCAGCUGUCAGCGUGA